UACACGCGUGUCUCCGGUCCACCGGGCUUCCGUGAACGGGUGAGUGGGCGUGAGCUGGCGGGUCUGCGCGCGCUUAAUUAGAGCUCGUAGCAGGUGGCGGCGGUUACGCUUAUAACGGCCUGUUGCGUAAGAGGGCGCGUUUUCCGCCUUUAUUUGGUUCGUGGCCUCCGGAUUCAUGAGAUCUUUAGAUCGCUGCGUAUUCACGCACACAGCCUGAAAUAUUUCUUACUCGAGACGCAGGUGUGGUUAUUAUCUAAAGCGGCCGCGCGCCUACUAUAAUGGAGCGGAACGGUUCGGCACCCGGCGCGUGUCAGAUCUCGUUGAGCGACAUCCUCGCGCUGCAGGGCAGGCCCGCGUGCGAGGAGGAGGCGUGGGCGCUGUGCUACCAACUCUGCUCGCUCCUGGAGCCCGGCUCGUGGAAGACUCUGCGCGUGCCGGGACCUGAUGGGGUUUUAUUCUCCAGCGACGGCAGAGUCACGCUCAGGACGGACGGCGGCGAGACCGGCGAGCAGUUCGUGAUCGAGACUGAGGAUCAGACUGUGGACUACGUGGGCCGUCUGGUCUACUCCUGUCUGGACUGGGGCCUUGGAGCAGACGUAGAGAGGGAGCUAAAUGAGACACUGGAGCUGCUCGUGUGUCAGAUGACCAAAGUAAACAUCAGCCUGGGCGCAGAGCACUGCCUGCAGCCCGUGUGCAGCAUCUCCGAGGUCCUGCAGGUGUGCGAAGAGCGUCUUUAUAAACCGAGCCAUGCAGCUCAACACUACCAACAAGUGUGCGCCAUGUUGUACUCGCACACCGUUGAGCUGUGCCACUGUCUCCAGAUUAUUCAGCAGACCAGAGAGAGUGUGCAGAAAAUGAUCCUGGAAUCAGAGACCAGCCUCUUGCCUUUUACGACCACUAAGUGGGAAUUUGCAUGGAAGAAUCUGGUAGAGGAGUUCAGCAGGGGUGUUGUCUUGCGCCCCCUUAAGGCCUCGCUAAGCACUAGCGCCCGUCCGCCAGCAGACCGGUCCCCCUUUAACCAGCUGCUGCAGGACAUCCAGCGCAGACGCUACAGUCUCCGCAAGGUCCCGGCAGUGGGGCACGGCCAACGGAGAGUCGACCCCCACCAGGCUCUUCUGGAGGUCAUACGCUCGGGCCCCAAGCUGCGGCCGGUCUCUGAGCGAAGCCUUAAACCCAGAACCCAAAACCCUGAACAGGAGACAAGUCUGCAUGAGCUGCUCAUGCGUGAGAUUCGCUCAGUGGACCCGGUGAAGCUACUGUCCUCGCACAAGAGACGGCAGUCCUGCAAAGUGCACAGCUGCUCACAUGUGAACUCCCUCAUGACCAUCUGCGAAGACUCUACAAACGAAGAGGCUUCGUUCAUUCUGAAUCCUGUUCCCCACCCCAGCCACCAGGGGGUGCCGGCCCAGGGUGGAGAGUGUAAAGGUGUUAUUCCCCAACAAGACAGUUUUACAGGUUCUGCUGAUGGAUAUCUGAAGUUCUUCCCUGCCCUGUCUUCAACUCCGCAGAAUCCGUCUCUGGGAUGCAGGCUUUCCCACAGAAAGCGCCGGGCAAGAUCCUUCGCAAGUUGCCGGGACCUUUGCCAGCUCGCUCCGAAAAGCAGGGCUUGUGUCCCCAUGACGAUUGCUGAUGUCAUUAACAUGCACUACGCCAAGGAAGGAAAGUUGAAGACCAUGGCUUGCGAGGUGAACUGGCGGGUUUGUUCAUGUUGUAAGAAAAAGAGUGUGUAUUUCACCUGGCACAUGGUGUGUUCUCUCUGCAGUAGGAUUGUGUGUCCAGAGUGCUGUGUGGAGAUGCGUUUGCCGUUUAAAUGGUGCGUGAACCUUCCUUUAAGCUUCUUUAAGAAGAUUGUGUUGAAUAAAGAAAGCAAACGUAGCCAGAGAAAGUUCUGGAACGAGCGCUGGUCCUGGGACCCCUUGUGGGUCCCUCUGGUUCUAGAGUCUCCUGUUCCCACAUCCGCCGGUCCACACAGCCUGGCUAUGAGGGGCUGGCACAGUCAGGCUGUCUGCAUAGGCUGUAAGGGCCUUCUGCUCCAGGCUUUGGACUCUGUGCUGUCCCGUUACCCAAUCAGAAACCAUCAGGAGGUAUGACUGCCUGGCUAGCAGUGGGCUGAGUUCUGACCCAAGUUCUUCCCCCGAGUUCUCCCUUUCACUUUGUUCUGACCCAGCAGUUCAGUGUGCUGUCGCCACUGUUCCGAACCUGUUCGGGCAUAUGGACCCUGAAAAUGGAUGCUGGGCCAAUAUUUUUGGUUUUUUUUUUCCCCCCUUUUUGUAGUAUUUCUUAUGAGUGAUUGAUUGGAUGGGCUGUUUUGUUGUUGUUGUUGUUGUUUUAACUUCCACACCUGAUGAAAGCUUUACAGGCUCCAUCGGCACUGUUCCUUUAGCUACGUCACUGCAUGUGUUUGUAUUGUUGUUGACGGCUGGAAAUUCACAGCGGCAUUCACUCAUGGCAGCGUUCGAGUUCUAUUUAAAAUGUCUUUUUAAAAAAAUUUUUUUUUAGUCCUUUAGAAUGGAAAUAAAUAUUUAAUCUUUUCAUA